AUGGGUGAUUAUGUGGCGCCCGGCGAGGAGCCACCGCAACCCGGCAUUUAUCGAAGUGAGCAGAUGUGUCUAUCGCAGCUUUAUCUCCAAUCCGACGCCGCUUAUCAGUGUGUCGCCGAGCUCGGUGAGCUGGGACUUGUGCAAUUCAGAGAUCUGAACCCCGAUGUCAGCUCAUUCCAACGGAAAUACGUGAACGAAGUGCGUCGUUGCGACGAAAUGGAGCGUAAGCUAAGGUUUCUGGAGCGCGAGAUCAAGAAGGACGCGAUACCGAUGCUCGACACCGGCGAGAAUCCCGACGCGCCAUUGCCGAGAGAAAUGAUCGAUCUCGAGGCGACAUUCGAAAAACUUGAAAACGAGCUUCGCGAAGUGAACAAGAACGAGGAAACGCUUAAAAAGAACUUUUCGGAGCUCACCGAGCUCAAGCAUAUUCUCCGCAAAACGCAGACAUUCUUCGAAGAGGUCGAUCACGAUCGUUGGCGGAUCCUUGAAGGUGGUGGUGGUGGUGGCGGUCGCCGACGCACUGUUCCCGACGAUGAGCGGCCCCUUAUCGACGUCGGAGAUGAAGCUGGCGACUUUGGGCUUCUGAAUCCGACGCUCACGAUGAGCAUGCUUCGUCUAGGGUUUGUCGCCGGUGUGAUUCAACGCGUACGACUACCCGCGUUUGAGCGUCUUUUAUGGCGCGCGUGUCGCGGUAAUGUGUUUUUGCGGACCAGCGAGAUCGAUGAUGUUCUCAGCGACACGGUUACGGGCGAACCCGUUAACAAAUGCGUUUUUAUCAUCUUCUUCCAAGGAGAGCAGCUGAAGACGAAAGUGAAGAAGAUUUGCGAAGGAUUCCGCGCCACACUCUACCCAUGUCCCGACACGCCGCAAGAGCGUCGCGAGAUGUCGAUCGGCGUGAUGACGCGCAUUGAGGAUCUGAAGACGGUCUUGGGUCAAACGCAAGAUCAUCGCCAUCGUGUUCUUGUGGCGGCGUCGAAGAAUGUGCGCAUGUGGUUGACGAAAGUGCGCAAAAUCAAGUCGAUCUAUCACACGCUCAAUUUGUUCAACAUCGACGUCACGCAAAAAUGUUUGAUUGCCGAAGUGUGGUGUCCGGUGGCGGAAUUGGAUAGGAUCAAGAUGGCGUUGAAGCGCGGAACGGACGAGAGCGGAAGUCAAGUGCCGUCGAUUCUGAAUCGAAUGGACACCCACGAAGCGCCGCCGACGUAUAACAAGACGAACAAAUUCACGAAGGGCUUCCAGAAUAUUGUGGACGCUUAUGGAAUCGCGACGUAUCGCGAAAUCAAUCCGGCGCCGUACACGAUGAUCUCGUUUCCGUUCUUGUUCGCCGUCAUGUUCGGCGACAUGGGUCACGGCGCGAUAAUGCUGCUUGCCGCGUUGUUUUUCAUUCUCAAAGAGAAACAAUUGGAGGCGGCGCGAAUUCGCGACGAGAUAUUCCAGACCUUUUUUGGCGGCCGCUACUUGAUAUUUUUGAUGGGCGCCUUCUCGAUUUACACCGGCUUCCUCUACAACGACAUAUUCUCGAAGAGCAUCAAUUUGUUCGGCUCGUCGUGGGUCAAUAGUGUGCCGUUGUCGGAAAUCGCGCUGAGAACCGAGAAUGGCAAAUUUAUCAAUUUGGAAGAGGACCGAAUGCUCAUUCCCGAGCAGGCGUUUGAUGGAUCGCCUUACCCGAUUGGCGUCGAUCCCGUCUGGAAUUUGGCCGAAGGCAACAAGCUCUCGUUUUUGAACUCGAUGAAAAUGAAAAUGUCCGUCCUUCUCGGAAUCGCCCAAAUGACGUUUGGUGUGAUUCUGUCGUACCACAAUCAUAAAUACUUCAACUCGGAUUUGGAUAUCAAGUACAUGUUCAUACCGCAAAUGGUGUUCCUAUCAUCGAUAUUCAUCUAUCUCUGCCUUCAGAUUCUCGUCAAGUGGUUGUUCUUCACGGCUGGGGAGAACAGCGUGUUUGGCUAUCAUUAUCCGGGCUCGAAUUGCGCUCCGUCGCUUCUCAUCGGCCUCAUCAACAUGUUCAUGAUGAAGGAGAGGAACGCGGGAUUCGUGAACGACGACGGCGUCGCCUAUGAUCAAUGCUAUUUGAGCACAUGGUAUCCGGGACAGUCGUUCUUCGAGACCGUAUUUGUGCUGAUCGCGAUCGCGUGUGUGCCCGUCAUGCUCUUCGGCAAACCGUAUAUGCUUUGGAAAGCGGAUAAAGAGCGCCGCGCCGCUGGCCACGCCCAAUUGGCGACCGUCGAAACGAUUCUGGUGAUUGUCGCCAUCCUCCAAGUGCCGAUCAUGUUGUUCGGCAAACCGUACUUUUUGUAUAAGCGCGCGAAACGGCAAGCGAGAUAUCAGACGCUGACCGAUGACCGACAGAGCGUCCGUGCCGAUAUGAAUGGAGACGACGCGGAAGUGGUUCAUGCUCCCGAGCAUCAGCCGAAGCCCGCUGGCGGGCAUGGCCAUGGCGACGGACCGUUGGAUAUGGGCGACACGAUGGUGUACCAGGCGAUUCACACCAUUGAAUUCGUGUUGGGAUGCGUUUCGCACACGGCGUCCUACCUUCGUCUUUGGGCGCUUUCGUUGGCGCAUGCGCAACUCUCGGAUGUCCUUUGGAGUAUGGUGUUUCGGCAAUCGUUCGCUGCCGAUGGCUACUUUGGCGCCGUCGCCACUUACGUGUUGUUCUUCGCGUUCGGCACACUGUCGGUGUUCAUUUUGGUUCUGAUGGAGGGACUCUCGGCGUUUUUGCACGCGCUUCGCCUUCAUUGGGUGGAAUUCCAAUCGAAAUUCUACGGAGGACAUGGCUACGAAUUCGCGCCAUUCUCGUUCGAGAAGAUUCUCGCCGAAGAGCGUGAAGCUGAGGAGGCUCUCUAA